GUCUGGCUCCCCUCCACCACUCACUCACACCCUUUGUUUCUGUUAGUCUGACUCCACCGUUCAAUCUGACAGCACGUGGUUUGCGCGUUAUUACAUGUAUUUCAGUGUGUUUUGUUUAGUGUGUGGGGUUUAUGACUUGUGAAUUCCGUGUGGUUUUGUUGUUUUUCUAUCAUGAAUAAAAAGACAAGCACUAUAACAACGAGGAAAUGCACUGAAGCUCCUAUAGUCGGACAGCCUCUUGACAUUAGUGAUAUUAAUAUUUUACCUACUAAAAGUGACGUGCUGAGGUAUUUUGAAUGGGUGAGAAAUCAGUUGAAAUCUGAAGGAUGGCUACCAACCACAGAAAAAGUUAAUUGCAAUGCGAGUGACACAGAAGUUAGAGCAAACUUGGAAAAAAUCAUCAAUACCUGUUUCAUCUACUAACAAUAUUGUUUUUAUGAUUUUACAAUUGCAUGAGAGGUGUGAAAAAAAUAAAAAAUCUUCAGGUUGUAAUACAAAAAAUGCCAUGAGUUUUAGAGUUGCAGUUGAAAAGUUUAGAUCUGACAUUGAUAAUAGUCUUUUUGAUAUUUGUUCAUGCAAAUGUAGUGAACUAGACAAAUGUUUGUCCCCAGCUCCAAGAAAAGUACCAAAAUUAGAACAUGCAUUCUUGACAGACCAACGGAACUUGAGGAUGAUGAUUAUCGGAGGUAUUGACUAAGCAGAGACUAAAAAAAUUGAAAAACGAAACAAACGGAAGGAAAAGUCCCUGCAAUCUAAAUUAAGUAGGAAUGUGGAACUAACUACUCCACCUGAUUUAAUAAAUGUAGAUAUUCUUAGUAGUGACUCUGAUGAUGAAUCCAUGGAAGAAGAAUCAAGUAGGCCUGAUGAAAAAGUUCAAGGUUCUAAAAUAACUCCUCUAAGAAACAAAAUUGAAAGUCCAAGCGUGAAAGUAAAACAAGGCCUGCCAGUGAAUCUGUCAUUGUUUUAUAGGGCAUGUGAUCGCAGAGGAAUUUCAAACAGAGCAGGUGCUCAACUAGUAAGUGCUCUUCUACAAGAUUUGAAUGUUAUAUCACCAGAAAACCAAGCCGCAGUUAUUGACAAGUCCAAGAUUUUUCGUGAAAGGUUAAAGUACCGCCGAAGUACAACUCGCACAAACGAAAUAAUUGCUCCUUACUUCGAUGGUAGGAAGGAUGAAACCAUAAUCAAAGAAAUUGUACGUGGGAAAUCUAUCCGUAAAACCAUACAAGAAGAACACAUAUCUUUGAUCGAGGAACCAGGUUCAGCAUAUUUCGGUCAUGUAACUCCAAACAGUGGAUCUGCGAAAGAUAUAGUAUCAUCAAUAUUAAGUUACAUGAGUGAUAACUCCAUUGAUAACUCAAAUAUCAAAGCGCUUGGAUGUGAUGGUACGGCAACGAAUACUGGAACAUUGCAAGGAGCAGUUUUGUUGCUUGAACGCGCAUUGAAACAUCCGGUCCAAGUAGUAAUAUGUAUGUUGUACUUAAACGAAUUGCCUCUGAGGAAAGUUUUUGUUGCUCUUGACGGUCCAACCACAGGACCAACAUCAGUCAGUUAGCCAAUAGGCAAAGGUUUGACCAACUGCCAAGACUUCCCGGUUGUUAAUUAUGACAAAAUAGAUAGCACCUUCCCAGAAGUCGAUAGUAAAGACUUAAUUACGGACCAGAAAUACCUUUGGGAUAUAUGUCAGGCUGUAGUCAAAGGUGAAUGUCCCUCUGAGUUGGCCAGUAGAAACCCCGGAAACUUGUCCCACGCCCGGUGGCUGACAUUAGCAAAUAGAUUCUUACGUCUGUAUAUUUCAACUAUUGAACCAACCCCACAACUUAGAAAGCUUGCUGAGUUCGUCAUAAAAUCUAUGCUACCUCAUGGUUUACCAUAAAAUGUCGUCCUAAAAUUAUCCACGCAUCACAACACUUUUUAUUCAUCGUACAGUGCACCAAGUUUUUAGACAGUGAACUGAAGGCUGUGGCUCAGUCUUCCUUGCAAAGAAUCGCCUUUAUGGCUCAUCCUGAACACAUCCUUUUAGGGAUGUUGUUUGACUCUCGAAAACAUAUAAGAGCUUUGGCAGGCAAACGGAUAGAAAAAUCUCGACAGACAGAAACAAGGGCACAUCGAGUCUUCAAACCACCACAAGUUAAUUUUGAGGCAGAAGACUACAUCGAUCUCAUUGACCGGCAAUCCACCACAGUUACAGAACCACCACUUAUAGCUGACUUCAGCAAAGAAGAGAUUGAGAUGAUUGUUAAUUCAGGAAGCAGUGAUAGAAAAGAGUUCAAAAUACCACUUCACACUCAAGCGGUAGAACGAGUUGUAAAGGAAGUUACUGCAGCUUCUAAGCACGUUUGUGGCGUUUAAGAACGAGAAGGCUUUAUAAGAUCAAGAUUAUUGGACAGAAAGUAUCUUCCUAAGUUUGAAACUAAGCGACAGUACACAUCUGCUACAGCUGUAUUGCAAAAAUAAAUUAUAGAUCGAAGAAGCAUUACAAUACCUGUGGCUUUGAAGGCUAACUGGAUUUGUUUAGCCAACGUCUUUCAAGGUGAAGGUUGUCAACUUUUUAUCUGUAAUCUUUAAGUAAACUUUUGUAUUUCUUUAAUAAAUUUCGUACCUCGAUUUUUCGUUGUUACAAUUGAGAUUUUCAUAAAGAUUCCGGGUGACUUUAUGCUUAGUUACAGAUAUUAUCCUAAUUUUUAUUGUUCACUGUUAUCACGUACUUAAUAUUUUUUAAGUUGACAAUAAAAAUAUAAAAUUUAAUUUUCAAUAAAAAAAAAAAGAUGAAAAAUCGUGUUUUUGAGAAAAAAUUCUAAAGUUUAAGUCGAUUCCGGGAGACCUAAAUAUGUUUUAAUUAAAACAAAACUUUUUUCCCUGAAAUAGUAAUGUAAGAGGCAACUUUUUAUCAACUUAAAAGUUUGAAUU